UAAAGCAUAAGCUAAAUAUAUCCUGAAUGAAAGUUUUUACAAUUAUUUUCACAUUGUAUUAUCAGUUGAAUGGAUUUUAGUUUAACUUGUCACGAAUUUGUUAAGGCGAAUUUAUAAAAAUAGUCAGCGUCAGAUUCUAUGACGUGUGUUCUCAAAUGUUUUAAUGACGUGCUAUAAAGUAAUCUAGCAGAUUUAGGUUGUUGGGUUGUAGCUAAGUGGAUUUAAUUUGAUCUAUCUAUUUCAAAUAGAGAGUACCUAUAGGUGGAUGAAAAUAUGGAUUGGUAAACAGGAUACGGGUUUAAGAUUUUAAAAAGGUACAUAAUGUGGAAGGAGCUAUGGGUGUUGGCAUUGUGCAUGUGUCUAUCUGUUAGUGAAGGACUGCCCUAUAAUGAUGAUGAAUAUGAUAAUCAGAUGCCUGGAAACUAUUUAAACAGAUUUCUCGUGCAAACUGACAGCUGGGAGACUGCACAAAAUGUAGCACGUGAUAAUGGAUUUGAACUUGUUGAAAAGAUACCAGAGCUAGAUAUGUAUCUCCUGGAACAUGCAGAAGUUAGUGGAAGAUCAAAAAGAAGUGCUGUUGAUUAUGUUUUAAGAUUGACUCAAGAUUCAAGGGUAAAGUUUGCAGAACAGCAAGUUACACUUAAGAGGGUAAAACGAUCACACAUUCUGCAUGACAAACAACUGGAGUUUCCCAUCGAGGACAUCAAGGACAACAGUCAGUAUUACCGUAUUCGUGACAAAUUUGAUACAAGAGAUGGCAAUUCAUUGAUGUUUAAUGACCAAUACUUUAGUGAUCAGUGGUAUUUGGACAAUACAGGUCAAACAGGAGGUGCUGAGGGAAUGGAUAUAAAUGUUAUACCAGCAUGGAAUAGUGGUUUCACUGGUCGUGGGGUAGUUGUUACAAUAUUAGAUGAUGGAAUAGAUCACAAUCAUCCUGAUAUACGUAGAAACUAUGAUGAGAGGGCAAGUGCUGAUUUUAAUGACAAACAUGAUAAAAAUAAUGAUCCUGCACCAGAUAAAUCCAGACGUGGAAAUAGGUACUUGUACUUGUUUUUGUAUGGGUUUUUGUUAACUUUUAAUUUGAGAUAAGGGAGGUAACACAAUUUGAAAUUA